AUGCGCCUCAACAGCUCCGUGCCAGGCAGCGCUGGUGCGCCGGUGGCCGACUUCUUCCAGCAGCCGCAGUCAGAGGUGGAGGCAGCGCUCCUGACCCCGAGCUUGGUCAACGGCUCCGGCAACGUGUCCCAGCGCAGCCUCCCUGCGCCCAGCAGCGACCUGGACGUAAACACCGACAUCUACUCCAAGGUGCUGGUGACCGCAGUGUACCUGGCACUCUUCGUGGUGGGCACCGUGGGCAACUCAGUGACAGCGUUCACACUUGCCCGCAAGAAGUCCCUGCAGAACCUGCAGAGCACGGUGCACUACCACCUGGGCAGCCUGGCGCUGUCGGACCUGCUCAUCCUGCUGCUGGCCAUGCCGGUGGAGCUGUACAACUUCAUCUGGGUGCACCACCCCUGGGCCUUUGGCGACGCUGUCUGCCGGGGCUACUACUUCCUGCGGGAUGCCUGCACCUAUGCCACCGCUCUCAACGUGGCCAGCCUGAGCGUGGAGCGAUACCUGGCCAUCUGCCACCCCUUCAAGGCCAAGACCCUCAUGUCCCGCAGCCGCACCAAGAAGUUCAUCAGCGCUAUCUGGCUGGCCUCAGGGCUCCUGGCCGUGCCCAUGCUCUUCACCAUGGGCCAGCAGAACCGCAGUGCUGACGGCCAGCACCCCGGAGGCCUGGUGUGCACACCCAUCGUGGACACUGCCACCGUCAAGGUCGUCAUCCAGAUCAACACCUUCAUGUCCUUCGUGUUCCCCAUGGUGGUCAUCUCGGUCCUGAACACCGUCAUCGCCAACAAGCUGACCAUCAUGGUGCGCCAGGCCGCCGAGCAGGGCCGGGUGAGCACGGUGGGCGCCCAGCACAGCACCUUCAGCCUGUCCGUCGAGCCCGGCAGGAUCCAGGCCCUGCGGCACGGCGUCCGGGUCCUACGCGCUGUGGUCAUCGCCUUUGUGGUCUGCUGGCUGCCUUACCACGUGCGGCGCCUCAUGUUCUGCUACAUCUCUGAUGAGCAGUGGACCCCGUUCCUCUACGACUUCUACCACUACUUCUUCAUGCUGACCAACGCACUCUUCUAUGUCAGCUCCACCGUCAACCCCAUCCUCUACAACCUGGUCUCCGCCAACUUCCGUGAGAUCUUCCUGUCCACCCUGGCCUGCCUCUGUCCCACAUGGCGGCGCGGGAGGAAGAGGCCAACCUUCUCCAGGAAGCCCAACAGUGUGUCCAGCAACCACGCCUACUCCAGCAGCGCCACCCGGGAGACGCUGUACUAG